CUUUAUCCUCAUCUCAUCACGACCGUCCAUUAUUCAAUCCGACGGUAAAUACACCUCGGAAAUCUCCAACGAUAUCUAAUCCACUAAAACUAAUUUAAAUCAAAAUACAUUUCACAACUGAAGAGGAGAGACUCCAUUGUUAGUGUUCACGGAAGUCCCUAAAGCUCUCCAACGACAAUGGCGACGUUUACACUCAAAUCCUUCACCGGACUUCGUCAAUCCUCAACGGAGCAAACCAACUUCGUCUCCCAUGUGCCGUCGUCACUUUCUCGCUCACAGCGACGUAACUCUCUCAGAGUAACCGCGGCCAGAUCCAGCCCCAAGCUCGCUAACCGUAAUCUCCGCGUCGCCGUCAUCGGUGGAGGUCCGGCGGGAGGAGCGGCUGCCGAGACUCUAGCCAAGGGAGGUAUCGAGACGAUUCUCAUCGAGCGGAAGAUGGACAACUGUAAGCCUUGCGGAGGCGCGAUUCCUCUCUGCAUGGUCGGCGAAUUCAAUCUGCCGUUGGACAUCAUCGACCGGAGGGUGACGAAGAUGAAGAUGAUCUCGCCUUCGAACAUCGCCGUUGAUAUCGGCCGCACGCUUAAGGAGCACGAGUAUAUAGGUAUGGUGAGGCGAGAAGUGCUGGAUGCGUACCUGAGAGAGCGGGCGGAGAAGAGCGGAGCCACCGUCAUCAACGGUCUCUUCCUCAAGAUGGAUCUACCGGAGAAUUGGGACUCGCCGUACCUGUUGCAUUACACGGAGUACGACGGGAAAACAGGAGCCACGGGACAGAAGAAGACAAUGGAGGUCGACGCCGUCAUCGGAGCCGACGGAGCUAACUCCAGGGUCGCGAAAUCCAUCGGUGCCGGAGAUUACGACUACGCCAUCGCUUUUCAGGAGAGAAUCAGAAUCCCGGAUGAUAAAAUGACUUACUACGAGGAUCUGGCUGAGAUGUACGUCGGAGACGACGUGUCGCCGGAUUUCUACGGCUGGGUUUUCCCCAAAUGCGACCACGUAGCUGUUGGAACAGGCACUGUCACUCACAAAGGUGACAUCAAGAAGUUCCAGCUCGCGACCCGAAACAGAGCCAAGGACAAGAUUCUUGGAGGAAAGAUCAUCCGCGUGGAGGCUCACCCUAUCCCGGAACACCCUCGACCACGCAGGCUCUCGAAACGUGUGGCUCUUGUAGGUGACGCUGCAGGGUACGUGACUAAGUGCUCCGGUGAAGGGAUCUACUUCGCUGCAAAGAGCGGAAGAAUGUGUGCUGAAGCCAUUGUUGAAGGUUCACAGAAUGGUAAGAAGAUGAUUGACGAAGGGGACUUGAGGAAAUACUUGGAGAAAUGGGAUAAGACCUACUUGCCUACGUACAGGGUGCUUGACGUGUUGCAGAAAGUGUUCUACAGAUCGAAUCCGGCUAGAGAGGCGUUUGUGGAAAUGUGCGGUGAUGAGUACGUGCAGAAGAUGACGUUCGAUAGUUAUCUGUACAAGAGGGUUGCUCCGGGGAACCCUUUGGAGGAUUUGAAGUUGGCUGUCAACACCAUUGGGAGUUUGGUUAGAGCUAAUGCUCUAAGGAGAGAGAUUGAGAAGCUGAGUGUUUAAAGAACAGAGAAGAGAGGUUACAUUCCUUUUUCUUUUGUAGUAUCUUCGCUAAUGUUUGCUCUUGAACGUAUUCAGUAUCAUAUUUAUGUUUCUCUUCAUUGAAUCAGUCAAAAAGCAUUUGGCUUUACAAUCCGAAAAAACAAAAAAAAAAAGCAGAUUUUCACAAACUACAAUCUGAUUAAAAACAAGAUUCACAAACCAUUAAAUUCGGCUGUGAAACCACACAAGAGAUACUUCACUUCUUCGUCACUCUCUAUUCCUCCUUCAUCAACCGACUCUUCACUGACGACUGAUCCGCUGCUUGAACACGAGGGUAUAGAGACCAUCUGAGAUUGAUCCGACUUGAGAUUUCUCUUCUUCUUCCUCUUGUGUGUAGCCUUGAAACAAGCUUGUCUCAGCCUCUUUGUCUUGUCUUCAAAAUCCAAAUCCGGAAACUCUUCGAUCAUCCUCUUCUCCUUCUCGAGCAUCUCCAACGCGUUCUUUAGUUUCACUGCGUUCUCUUCGCC